AUGUCGACAUCCCGGAGCCGCAUAGCUCAAUUGGCGAGCAAUGUGGCAGCAUAUACUCAACAGAUUGACGAUUAUCUAAACCAAAAAACAUUACCACAUCCAUCCUUCGACGCUGACGGCCCCGUUGACCUGGGUUUGCCACCCGAUAUUGAACAACUACGUGGCGCCGUACUCGAAGCAACCCAGGAGCUGAAUGACCUUCUUCAAGGGCCUAGGGAUCUCCUGUUCAACCAUCAUCACAACCAGCUUCUUUAUCUGAAAUUGAUUUCUCGCUUCGACAUAGCCAAGAAGGUUCCUCUUGAGGGAGAAAUCACGUAUGCGGACUUGGCCACCAGUGCGGGUGUCGAUGAGGCAGCCCUCUGUCGUAUUCUUCGCCUCGGGAUUGCGCAUCGCGUUUUCAGAGAGCCCCGACCGGGAAUGAUUGCUCAUUCCGCAGCGUCUAGACAGAUCGCAGACGACCAGGCUAUGGCCGACUGGGUCGGCGCCUGCGUAAAUGAUAUGUGGCCGUCAGCUGAGAAGACUGUUGAUGCCCUAGCUAAGUGGCCGCUGGCUGAUGAGCCCAACCAGACUGGAUUUUCCCUUGCCAACGAAACAGACAACUCAUUUUACAUUGAGUUGGCUAAGGAUCAAGAGCGCGCCCGCCGCUUCGGGGGUGCCAUGAGUUUCUUCACAUCUGGUGACGGAUAUUCACUGCGCCAUUUGAUAGACGGCUAUGACUGGAGUGCAGUAGGUACCGGUACUGUCGUCGACCUGGGUGGAUCUCUUGGAGACGCGGCUUUUGCUAUCGCGCGCCAGUUCCCGGACAUACAUAUCAUCGUGCAGGAGUUAUCUGAGGUCAUCAAAUUGUGUAAGGAAGAGCCUUGGCUCAAUGUCAAGUUCAUGGCACACGACUUUUUCAAGAACCAGCCCGUCAAAGAGGCUGACGUGUACCUCUUGCGCUGGAUACUACACAACUGGCCAGACAAGUAUUGCAUACAGAUUCUGAACGCGCUAGUGCCAGCACUCAAACCAGGAUCCCGCGUCUUAAUCAUGGACUUCGUUAUGCCACCCCCUUUAGCAUUGCCAAAUCUUGUUGAUCGAAAACUCAGGGCUAUGGAUGCGACAAUGCUGGAGAUUGGAAAUUCCAAGGAACGGAAUAUGGAUGAAUGGAAAGCACUUUUUGAACGGGCAGACCGUAGAUUCGUACUGAAAGGUAUGGUACAGCCGCCGGGAUCUAACUUGGCCAUUCUGGAGCUCCAGUGGCAGGGAUAAGGUUAAUUAUAUGCCUGGACCCCUAGGAUCCUCAAUCCUUUCAAAAUCUCAACACUCAUUCAGGUUUUAAAUUUUGAUUUUAGA